AUGGAAACUGAACAUCUCGAUGAUAUGGAACAACUGGACGAGAAUGAUGACGACUUGGAUACUGACUGUGACGACGUUGACGAAGUGGCUAGACUGGAAGACAGUCUAAACAUGGAACAACUCGAUGAGACUGAUGAUUUGAAUACUGACUGUGACGACGUUGACGAAGUGGCUAGACUGGAAGACAGUCUAAACAUGGAACAACUCGACGAGAUUGAUGACGACUUGGAUACUGACUGUGAUAAAGUUGACGAAGUAGUUAGACUGGAAGACAGUCUAAACAUGGAACAACUCGAUGAGACUGAUGACUUGGAUACUGACUGUGACGACGUUGACGAAGUAGCUAGACUGGAAGACAGUCUAAAUAUGGAACAACUCGACGAUUAUCUUCUUCAAAUUGAAAAACUUCUAGAUGACAAACUGCAUUUAGAGGAAGAUUUAAGAUUAGCUCAAAAUAAAGUCCAAACGCUGGAAAAGGUAAAUGAAGAACAGACGGAUACAAUAACGACAUUAGAGAGUCAUCUGAGUGAGAAAGAUCUCUUGCUCAAGAAGAGAGACGAAGAGGAAAGAGAGAGGGAACUGUUCUUCCAGCAGGAGAUGGCUGAGAAGCAGAGAGAGCUGAAGGCCACUCUACAGAAGGAAACAGAACUCUGCCUCAAAUUAAAAGAAUCCGAAAAUAUGAAUCAGUUGCUUGAUUUGGAAAACGAAGAGUUCUGUAGGAUGAAUGAAGACCUUAGGAACGAUUUACUUGAGAAAGAGAAGGAAGUCGACCUUCUGAAAGAAUCCCUCAACCUUAAAACUAAGGAAUUGGAGGAAGGUCAAGACAAACGGGAAAUAAUGAAGAGACGAUUGGAGGAAACUGAAGAGGAUAACUCUUCUCUCCAAGAAAAACUGAGGCUCGCUGAAAAAGAGAACGUAAGUAUCCAGCAGGAUGUCCUGAUUAUGCAGGACGAAAAUCAAAAGCUCCAGUCACUUCUCAGCCAAGCAGAAUCUGUGGUUAUCUUGACAAAUGAAAUCUUAAACGCUGAGAAAACAAGUCAUGAGUUACUAGGAGACGAGCUUCAAGUCAUGAAGAACUGGGUGGCUGAACUAGGCGGAAAAAACGCCAAGAUGAAAGGAGAAUUAAAAGAAAAGACACAGGACAUAAUGUUACUAGAGAAAUCAUUAGAAACUGAGAGACAAAAUAACAAUACUCUGCAGGAUGCUCUCCAUCGUCUAAAAGAAAUAGAGAACUUGCUGGAAGAACGAAGAAGAAAGAAGAGGGAGAAGACGAGGAGGUCGAGAGGCUGCAGAAAGAUAAUGAAGUCUAUCGAGAACAAAUUGAAAAUAUGGAGAUGA